AUGGCAACGGUACGUGGUCGUGUGGAUGCAAUCCGCUCUACUAUGGCGACGAGUGAGAAGUCGUACAGUUGCGUCGUCACUUCGCCCGAGGUCAAUGGCGAUCUCAACAACUCCACCGCUACAGCAUCGCUCAGCUGCAACUUCCCGAACGUCACUAUCGGCAACAACACCGGACCUUCCUAUGACACCGAGUCUGGUACAUGCUCAAUGAAUCUCUACUACAAGAUCACCGGUGAUCCUCUCUAUUUCUCUUGUGAUUUCGUUGAGUGUAACAUUGAGUAUGGCGUUGGAUUCUCGCAGAAUGUCAAGUGCGCCAACACCACCUGUCAGUGCACAACCUACUGCGGUCUGUUCCUCAACGGUAUUAUCGACCAGGUGACUGGACCGUCGUCAUUCGAAUGUUCAAUGGACGGAAAUUGCACAUUUGCUCAGAGUUUUAUUCAGAAUAUCUUGCCUCCCAUUCCACUGGCUUGCAAAGCCGGUGAGUGUCACUCGCCACCCACUAUCCUUACCGUUCCCGCACAGAACCCCAAGAUGUUCUCCUACUUGGUGAGUGGUGGUUCCGUCGUGGGAACAGCAUUCCUCAUUGGCGUUGGACUCUACAUCUUCUUCUCACAGAAAGAAAGAAGAAAGCCAACCAACGAUGUACACAUCAACUGCGAGCUGUCAUUCAACAACAUCAGCUGUGUCGUCACAGAGAACAAGUGGUUCAGUUCGAAACCACCCAAAGUCACUACGAUCCUCGACAAUGUUAGCGGUACUUGCUAUCCAGGACAACUCACAGCACUCAUGGGUCUCUCGGGUUCCGGUAAGACAUCGCUCCUCGAUAUUCUCUCAGGUCGAAAGAAUGUCGGUGAGAUCAAUGGUGAGCUGCUGGUCAACGGUGUGCCAAUGGCCAGAAACUUCAAGAGAAUCAGUGGUUACGUCACUCAAGAGGAUAUCAUGAUUGGUACACUUACUUGCUUCGAACAUCUCCACUACACAGCCAUGUUGAAACUCUCAGAGUCGAUGCCACCCGAAAAGAAGAUUGAACGUGUCAAUUCGGUGCUCGCCGAGUUGGGAUUGUCGCAUAUCGCACAGAAUCGUAUCGGUACUCCAGAGAAGCGUGGUAUCUCUGGUGGUGAGCGUCGUCGUCUCAGCAUUGCCGCAGAGCUCUUGGUCGACCCGGCCAUCUUGUUCCUCGACGAGCCAACUUCCGGUCUCGACAGUCACAGCGCCAGUGAGUUGAUGUCACUGCUGAAACAACUGGCCAAGAACAGAAAUCGUACCAUUAUUUUCAGUAUUCAUCAGCCAUCGGCUGAAAUCUUUGAUCAAUUCGACAAUCUGAUUCUCUUGCACCACGGACGACCAUACUACUCUGGAAAGGCAUCGGAAUCCGUCCAAUACUUUGUCCAACAACGUCCACGUUCACUCAGCUCCGACGAUGCCGAACACCAAAAGUUCUUGAUGCGUGUCAAUCCAGCCGAUUUUAUUAUCUCUGCUGUAAACGACAAGGGUAUCCAUCCAAAUUACGAUCGUUUGAACUACGUAUUCAAUGACCACUCUGGCAGUCUACAAGAUAACUCUGCCAUGGAAUCGGUCGAAGAGUAUGCCACUUCAUUCUGGACACAAUUCUUUGUGGUAUCACAUCGUUCACUGCUCAACUAUAUUAGAAAUCCAUUCUUAUUACGUACUACCUACUUUGUACAUAUCUCUGUUGGUCUCAUCUUGGGUUAUCUAUUCUGGAAACUUCCAGCCAAUCUUGAACCAGGUGCACAAAAUAGAUUUGGUUCAAUGUUUUUCAUUAUUUCAUUGUUAUCAUUUGGUUCAAUUACAUCAUUAGAUCUUUUCUAUAAUGAUAGAAUUAUAUUUAUUAGAGAAAGAGCAAAUGGAUAUUAUAGAACUUCAUCAUAUUUCUUGGCAAAAGUAUUAACUGAUCUCAUUCCAAUGCGUAUUAUUCCACCUAUUAUUUUGGGAUCGAUUUGUUAUUACAUGAUUGGAUUCCGUCCUGGUUUCGACCAUUUCCUCUAUUUCUUGAUUGCCUUGGUGCUGACAUCAUCGACUGCCUCUGCAAUGUGUAUGGCCAUCAGUACUAUUUCACCAAGUUUCGGAACUGCCAAUAUGAUUUCCAUUUUAUUGCUAUUUGUUUUCCUCUUGUUCGAUGGUUUCCUCCUGGCAAGACAAUCCGUUCCAAAGUACUUGCAAUUCUUGAUUUGGUGUUCGUUCAUGUCGUACGGUCUCGAGAUUCCAGUCGUAAACGAAUUCAACGGUCUCUGGGUUUUCUACAAUCCACCCAACACCCAAGGUACCUAUGCAGACGGACUGGAGUUCCUCGAGUCGAUUGGAGCCGAUCCAAAUAGACUUUUCUUGGAUAUGUAUGUUUUAGUUGGUAUGAUCGGUGGUUAUCUCACAUUGGCAUAUAUUUUCUUGAGAUACAUGGUUAGAGAAUAUAGAUAA